AUGCUCAAGACAGAGCAGCGGUCUCUACUCGCAUCCUGGCCACUGUUUCUUGCUGCAGCCGUAGUUUUCUUCCUCGUACGACGACUCUACAGGGAAGCCACUAUCGGGGCCAGUAGGCGGCGACUGAUCAAGGAAAAUGGAUGCCGACCAGUCUACAAAUAUCCUCACAAAGGUGUUCUAGGAUACUUUUUCGGAUAUGAUACCAUCAAGGAGAACUACCAAGCCUUCAAGGAUGGAAACUUCAACGAAACUGUUCGGCACCGCAACUUCAAAAACCACAAUACAAUCGAGAUCAGGAACUUUAAACGCGCGUUCAUCACCACGAUUGAGCCUGAGAAUGUGAAGACAGUGCUCAGCACGAAGUUCGGCGACUUUAGCCUGGGUAAACUCAGAGGUGAAACUAUGAGCCCUGUGUUCGGAAAUGGUAUCUUCACUUCGGAUGGGGAGAAAUGGGAGCACUCGAGAGCUUUGAUUCGGCCUAGCUUCACUCGACAGCAAGUUGCUGACCUGUCCUCGUACGAGCAUCACGUCCAGCAUCUGCUCGAACAUAUGCCCAAGGACGGAAGUACUGUCGAUCUGCAAGAGCUGUUCUUUAGACUCACAAUGGAUUCUGCCACAGAAUUCUUGUUUGGCAAAUCAACUAAUACCCUCGUCAAAGGCCAAGAGAACCCUGCCUCUGAGCGAUUCAUCGACGCUUUCACAUAUGUUACCGAGCGCAUGGCGCGAGAUUUCCGCACAGCAAGAUUGAGCCGUUUCCUGCCGGACGAGAAGCGCAAGACGGACAGCGAGUUCGUUCGCGAGUUUGCUGCCGACCUGAUCAAAGAUGCGAUAGCCAGUCAAAGAGAUCUUGAAAGAGGUAUCGGUGAGAAGAAAAGGAGUUACACUUUCCUGUACGAACUUCUCAAGGUGACCAACGACUUUGAAACCAUCAGAUCUGAAAUAUUGAAUGUCCUGCUCGCUGGUCGUGAUACGACCGCGAGCUUGCUAUCGCACACUUUCCACGAACUAGCCAGAAGGCCAGAGAUAUGGGCCAAGUUGCAAGCUGAGAUCGACGAGCUAGGAGGACACCCGCCUGAUUAUGAGACAAUGAAAGGAAUGAAGUAUGUCAAAUGGAUUCUGAACGAGGCACUUCGUUUGUGGCCUGUCGUACCUAACAAUACACGUGUCGCUGUGCACGAUACCGUUCUCCCCCUUGGUGGUGGACCUGAUGAGAAGUCGCCAUUGUUUGUCCCCAAAGGCACACCAGUAAGUUACAGUGUCUGGACGAUGCAUAGGCGCAAAGAUUUCUUCGGAGAAGAUGCAGACGAGUUCCAACCUGAGCGAUGGGAGCAACUGCGGACUGGUUGGGAAUAUCUGCCGUUCAAUGGCGGACCUCGAAUAUGCAUUGGUCAAAACUUCGCCCUCACCGAAGCUGCAUAUGUAACGAUCCGACUGCUGCAGAAUUUCAGAAGGAUCGAGCCUCGCGAUCAUGCACCUUGGGCAGAAUUCAUGACUUUGACCAUGGCUGUCAGAAAUGGUGUUCAUGUUGGAUUGUACUCUGAGUAG